AUGGGGAUGGAGCCUGACGCUUGCUCGGAAAAGGAGGCCAGCUGUGUGGUGCAAGCUGCGCGAGUCUCCAGGAGCUCCAACGGCCGCACAGGGGCAGAGCCCGGAAACAUCCCAGCCAGUGCAGGGGGCGGCCGCAGGGCGGCCGCACGGCGGCACCGGGCAGCAGCCCAGCCAGUCAGCUUCCACCCGAGCAAGAGCCCCCCGUGCAAGGACCGGUCGACGGAAUCGUCAAUCGUGUACGUCGACAGUGGCACUGCGGGAGCGAUGGAUGAGACCCCGACUGGGGACACAUGUCUCUCAACAACUUGCCAUCGUUACCAACUUCCCAUCGUUCCCACCUGCCUCUCGGACAGACGAGCUGGCAGACUUUAA